UGGAUGGGCCGCUGUGGAAGAUGCUUUGGGUGAUGAGGGGGGCAUGUGCAGCCAACUGCUGGUGGGACAGUGGAGUUUCUCGCAGGAGUCUCGAGUUGGACACCGCUGGUUUCAUAAUGAUCUCCGCAUCUUACAUUUUGGCGCUCGGGCUGUUUUCGUCUGCGCUGGGCAGAUAUCAGUACGAAGGCGGAAAGUUUUCACAUUUGAGGAGGCUGCAGGGGGAGUUUGGUGGUGAUGAGGAGCGACUUCUUCCAGAGAGGAAGGAGCUGCCGAAGCGCAGCGCAGGACUGAAUGAACAGACAUGUACAGCUUUGCCCGGAGUAGAGUCAGCCCUGCUGAACGACACCAGCACUUUCACGUUCAAGGUGCAGACUUUGGGUUCGCUGUCUUUAGCCUGGGUGGGCGAUGGAUCGGGGGUGCUGCUGGUGUUGACAACCUUUCAGGUGCCUUUGUUCAUGAUCCGCUUCGGCCAGUCUAACCUCUACAGGAGUGAAGACUAUGGGAAGACGUUCAAAGAUGUGACUCAUCUGAUUAACCACACCUUCAUCCAGACAGAGUUCGGCAUCGCUAUCAGUCCAGACCACUCAGGGAAGGUGAUCCUGAGCGGUGAUGUGUCCGACGUCGGGGGUUUUCGGCUGUUUCGCUCGCAGGACUUUGGACUGACCUUUGUUUCCACCGACCUGCCAUUUGAGCCCCUCAUUCAGAUCCUGUACAACCCCGGGGACUGCAACAAACUUCUGACACUCAGUAUCAUGAUGGACCUGUGGUUGUCUGAGGACUUUGGCGCCACCUGGAGGAAGAUCCACGACAGUGUGUGUUUGGUCAGAUGGGGUCCAAAGAAUAGCAUCUACUUUACCACAAUCAACAACGGAUCAUGCAACGACAAAGGCAUGUUACAUCUAAGAAAGACAUUCGACUACGGUAAAAGUUUCCACACCAUUGCAACGAGAGUUUACUCGUUCGUACUUGGAGGAAGAUUUGUUUUCGCUUCCAUCAUGACUGGCACGAGUACAGAGCGUAUGAUCCACGUCUCAGUGGAUGGAGGCGAGACGUGGAACAUGGCUCAGCUUCCUACAGUCAACCACGAGCAGUUUUACUCCAUCCUGGCAGCCAAUCAGGACGUGAUCUUCAUGCACGUGGAUGACCCCGGUGACUCUGGUGUUGGAACCAUCUAUGUGUCAGAUGACAGAGGAACUGUGUUCUCCAAGUCUCUGGAGCGCCACCUCUACACAACCACAGGAAGUGACACUGACUUCACUGUCAUCCAUUCACUCAGGGGCGUCUACAUGACCAGUGUGCUCGCAGACGAUGGCACAGUGGAGACUGUAAUCACCUAUGACCAAGGAGCAAAGUGGCAGAGGCUGCGCAGACCAGAGAACAGCCACUGUAACACUGACACCUCUACCAACAGACCUAACAGAUGCAGGCUACACAUCCACGCCUCCUACAGCACCACCAUGAAGAUGAACGUCCCCAUGCUUCCUCUCUCACAGCCCAGUGCAGUGGGCCUCAUUCUGGCCCACGGCAGUGUUGAAGAUGCAGAGUCAGUUCUAUUCCCUGAUGUGUAUGUGUCUGAUGAUGGGGGCUACUCAUGGAUGUUGGCCCUCAAGGGACCCCAUCAUUAUGCUAUACUGGACUCUGGAGGCCUGCUGGUGGCUGUGGAGCACACUAACUUACCUGUCAGCCAGAUAAAGUUUUCCACAGAUGAAGGACAGUGCUGGCAUACAUAUAACUUCACCAAUGACCCACUUCACUUCAGUGGCAUGGACAGUGAGCCUGGCUCUCGCUCCAUGAACGUCAGCCUGUGGGGCUACAGGAAGGACUUCAGUAAAUGGGUGGUGAUCACUAUAGACUUCAGGAAGCUCCUCACCAGAGACUGCACAGAAGGAGACUACGUGCAGUGGCUGGGUCACUCUUCAGACACCACUGGUUCUAAUGAUGGCUGUUUGCUGGGCUAUAAAGAGACCUUCUUACGCCUGAGGAAAGGCUCUGUUUGCUGGAACGGGAGGGACUAUGCAGUCAGCAAGAGGCUGUCCCCCUGUCCAUGUACACUGGAUGAUUAUCACUGUGAUUUUGGGUAUUACCGACCAGAGAACAGCUCAGAGUGUGUGGAGCAGGAAGAGUUGAAGGACCGUCCUUUGGAGUUCUGUUUAAAUGGGACCAUUGAACAGCUGCAGACCAGUGGCUACCGGAAGAUUCCGAGCAGCCAGUGUGAGGGAGGUUUCCAACCAGUUAGGAAGGAGACGGACUUGAGGAGGAUGUGCACCAGCAACGCUCUUCUUCCUUAUUCCCUGAUUGAAAACAGUUCAGCGAAUACUGCUCUCAUAGUCAUGGUCGUCAUAGCGAUCCUCCUGACAAGCGCUGUCGCAGGUGUUUGGCUGGUUAAGAAAUAUGUCUGUGGAGGACGGUUCCUCGUGCACCGUUACUCUGUUAUGAGGGAACAUGCUGAAGCUAACAAAAUAGAAGGAGUGGAUGAUGUGGACCCCCACUACAUGGAGACAGGAAAAGCACAGUACAAUGAGGACUCGGAUCAGGACCUUUUAGAAUAAGAUUUCUUCCCACUCAAAGGCUCUUCAGACUAAAUCUAAAGCAGUCUUUCAUGAUGCCUGGGCAUUCCUGUUGCUCCCACAUGCUGAUUAACAUCUGCUUCUCACUUCUCGCUAUCCCCUGGAGGCCGGAGGACUCAGCAGCAGCGGGGCAACUUCCUAUAUUGCUUCCUUGUACCGGUUGAGACUCCCAGCAAAUAGGCGCACUGGUGAUUUUGGGAGGGGAGGGAAGGGGAGGGGACAGAAGAAAGCCUCUGGGAUCCCCGGAGAGCUUUUGUUCUCUCUGUCACAGAAAAUUCUGUAAAGACCUUUGAGUGUGAAAAUGUGCCCCAUUGUGCUCUGUAUGUUUCCUUUCAUGAUGACCUGAGAAGAGACCGCGUUGCACUGCACAAGCACCAUGCAGCUGCUACAGCUUGGACAUGUGGGUGCACAGAAUGUUUUAUUAAGAGCUGGGAAACAUGGGAGAAACAGGACACAGAAAAUAAUCAGUAUUUUAGCUCAGAGUUUUCAUCUGCUGUCAGUUAAGUAGUUUUUGUACUCUGUACAUUUAAAACUUUAGGGUCCAGUCCUUGUGUUCAUGGUGGGCCACUUUAUCGGUUUCGCUAAUCGCUAAAAUGAAGCAAUAACAUCAAUUUUUGUUCCUCAUUUUGUCACAGGUUUUGGGAAAUUGGGGUUUUCUAUUUGAUACUAACUCCUGUGAACAGUGGUACCUCUUUUUAAUAGUUUUUUUUUUUCAACCAUACUGUCUGGAUCUUUGAAGGUAAAAACUGGCCAGAAUCGCUUAAUGCACUAGAAAUUGUAAGACUCAAAUUGGUGAUUGGAAUUGGCUUUUUUUAAGGAGAACCUUUCAUCUUUUGUUAGGUACCAGAUAAUGUAUCGAAGUUAAUAUAGUUCUUGCUUUCAAAACAUGUUCUCCUAGUUCAGUGUGCAAAUAAUGGAUAUUAAAAAUCAGAAGCUGCUGUGCUACUGGGAUUUUCCUGCACAACCAUCCCUUUACAGAAAAUGGUCUGAAAAAGAGAAAAUAUGCAGUUAGUGAGUUUUCUGGGUGGAGAUCCCUUGUUGACGUCAGAGGAGCUUGGUCAGACUUCUUUGAGCUGACAGGAUUCCAACAGUAACUCAAAUAACCAUUCGUUACAACCAAGGUAUGCAGAAGAGCAUCUCUGAAUGUACCACCCACCACACAGCAGAUGGGCUACAGCAGCAGAAGACCAGACUGCUGUCAGCUAAGAACAGGAAGUGGAGGGUAUAUCUGCACAGGCUCACGGGUAUUAGACAACGGCAGAUUGUCUCAGUUUCUGUCAUGACAAUCAGAUAGUAGGGCCAGAAACAACAUGAAGCCAUGGAUCCAUCCUACCGUGUAUCAUCAGUUUGGGAUGGUGGUGGUGGUGGUGGUGUAAUGGUGUGGUGGAUAUUUUCUUGGCACACUUUGGGGCCCUUACUACAAGCUGAGCAUCAUUUAAACACCACAUCCUGCCUGAGUGUUGUUGUUGACCACACCGCAGUGCAGUCUGCUCAUGGCUGCUUCUAGCUCGAUAACAUCAUGUUACAAAGCUCAAAUCUUCCCAAACUGGUUUCUUGAACACGAGAAAGAGUCGACUGUACUCAAAUGGCCUCCACAGACACUAGAUUACAAUCCAAUAGAGCACCUCUGACACAAUUUAAACAAUCUAUUACGUAUAUAAACUCUAGUAAACAAGUGUAAAAGAUGUUAGUCCUUCAUUUUUAGUGCUUACUGAAACCCAGCCCAACACAGUCAUUAUUUUUCACUCUCCUGCGUGUGUGGUGAAAAUGAGAGACUUGAAUUAUUGCCAAAGCACUUUUAAUGGUUAUUUUUCAAACGUUAGCCCAGCAUUAUAAAAACGAAUGCUCAUCCAAACCCUUUACUUGAACUUCUAUGAUAUUCUUGUUUAACAGGAUGCGCCAGUACAUUGCUGUUUGUUUGUUUGUUUGUAUUUCACUGACAUUUCAGCCAGGCAUAAUCAGCAAAUAAAUAACGAUAGUGGUUUUAAAAA